UUUUGUUUAAUUUCAAAUUAAUAAAUAGGCAUAUUUUGUAUUUUUGUUUCAACUUCUAACUUUUAAAUUGUUUAAUCUUGAACAAAUAAAUUGGUUAAAAUAACCGCAUUUUGUACAGUAAAUUAAUAACCGCGUAUGAAUCAAGCUAAACGUAGGCAUGAUUGGUUGUUUGAAUUCAAAAUAACGGCGGGGUUGUACUUUCUACUCUACAAAAUUUAGCCUAGGCCUACAUUUGGUUUAGCUAGGCCUUGGCUGUUCACAGUUAACAAGUUAAAGUAAAAUAUACUUUCACCCAACAUGGAUUCAAAAAGAGUUACUGCUUCUAGUGCAUGGGAGAACAUGCCAAAAUCAAGAAUGAAAGAAAAAGCAAGGAAAGAACUUUGGGAUAGUUUGUGUGCAGUUUACGAAAAUGAGGCUAAUACUGAUAAAGGACAGAGUGAUAUGGAAGACAUUGAUGUAAAUGAGUUAGAAAAGUGGACUGUGAAAAACCCAGAAACCAGCAUGAGAGCUUUGACCCAGCUGGCCGUUACAAAUCCAGACAUCUUAAUGGCCUUUCCCACUGUAGGUGAAGCAGACUCUAAAACUACAGAUAAUAAAAUCUAUCUGGAGCAUGUGGAUGAGAGUAAAAUAAAAAAAAUAAAAUUGGAAACCAAAAAAUGCAGAUGUAAGCCAUCAAUUAUUAAAACCACUAGCAAAAAGCUAUGCAAACAUUCUGAACUGAUGUCACAGAAGAUGAAUUCUUCUCUGAGUUCAACCAGGAGAAAAACACACAAGAAGAGAUCAGAAAAAAAAGAAUUGACUGGAAAAGCAAGUGUUGGAAAAUAUAAAGUUAAACAAAAAGUUGAGGACCAGGAAGAAUCACAAUCUUCACUAGAUCAGAACUCAGAUAAACACACAGAUGACAAUUUGAAAACAAAUGCUAGGAAUAUUGGUACUCCAAAACACAAUUGUAACUUGAAAUUCCAUUACUAUUCAAAGGCGAAAAGUGUUUCUAGUAGACCUGAUAAAAGAGUUUUUAAGUGUAAACUAGUAUUCAAAUUAUGUCUUUGCACUGAAUCUGAUAUAGUGUUAUAAAGUAGUUAAGCAGUAAAUCUUAGUUUCUAGACUACAUCUUUAAAAAAGUGGAAUUCUCUUAAGAAUUGGAUUCAUUUAUUCAUUACUUUAAAAAGAACAUUCAUGGUGCAACUUAUUAUGCUCUUUGUCAAUGUGAUAUACUUCUAAUAAGUUUUCUUCAACUUUCAGUACCUUAAACUAAAACUACCAUUGAAACCCACUAAUAGUAGGUUUCCUUAGAAAGCUACACAAUACUCUUGAGCACAUUUUAGUCACUCAGAUGUUACAAUAUCAGAUUAUUUAAUGUUUCAACCCUUUCAGUGCUAUGUGACGAUCGUUGUGCGUCUUUUUCACGAAAAGUGCUAUUGAACGAUAUAUUGUUGUUCACAUAUACAAAAAGUGCUAAGCGACGAUAUAUUGUCCUGGCGCGCCUUUUGAUCGUGUGAGUUUAAAUGAGUAUAUUGGUUGACUCGCUUGUUGUUUAAAAACAGCGAUGGUUUCUUUCGACUCCUCAUACGAUCGAGGCACAAUACAUUGUUCGUUAGCACUUUCGAGAUGAAAAAUUUUAUUUUUACCGAUUUUUUUUUCUUGCACACUAGACUUUGCCCCAAUGGCAAGUCUAGCACUUUUCAGACAAAAUAAGUAAAUAACUCUAGUUUUUUUCCGAAAAUUACAAAAAAAUUCUAGCAUCAAAAGGGAUAAGGGUGAAAAUGAAAAAAAAAAACAUGAUAGAAAAUGUCAAAACCCCAUAACACCCUAUCCCUAUAUCUAUUAAUAAUCCUGUUCUUGCUGGUUCACAAACUCAUUCGUGUUUAUCCAGCCCUGGACAUUAUGCCAAAUUUCUUCAAAAUCUGAAAAAGAAAUUAUUCAAGUUAUUGUGUUAACAACCAAACAAACACACAUAUAAACAUUUGAAAGAAUGGUAUUAUUGGCUUCUGGGGAUAUUAAAACAAAACAGAAAAGUUUUUAAUUAGUCCUGGGCAUAGCUCUUACCGUGCCACCUAUAGCUUCUUUCCUAUAUGGUAAAUUUUCUAAAAGUACCUGCUUUUGCCUUUUCUUUCUUCAUAUUGGAUAAUUUUCUUGACUGUUCAUCUAGAAUAUUUGUAUGUAGAAGAGUUUUCUGACAAUUUGUAAUAUCACUGACUUGAGGUAUCUUUAACAUUCUUGUAGAGAUCAUUCUGAGAAGUAGUGGAUUAGGUGAACAGUGUGAGUAAUGCCACAAAGUCAUCCUUGAGCAAAUACGAUGUCAUUAUUUUGUGGGGAAAAACAAAGCCUAAAAUAGAUUCUUAUGGGACCACUGUUAUUGCUUGUGCUCAUUAUAUAUGUAUAUAUGUCUUAUAUAUUACACAGUUAUCUCAGUCAUCUAUGUCCUUCAGGUAUUGGUCUAAAGCCACUUAUGUGAUAUCUCAUUUCUUCAUGUACAAAACAUUUGUGACUCAGGCUAUUAACACAUUUGUUUGUAGCCAAGUAUAGUUGUAAUGAUAAAUUUGUCUUAUUUAACUUAAAGAUCUUUAACUACAGCAACUCUAUUGAUGGCUUGAUUGAAUAAGAAUACUGUUUCAAACUACAUGUAUGGACAGAACAGCCUGUACUUUUUGGAAUGUUGAUAUGUUUGUGACGAGUGAUUUAGCAUUGCAUAAAUGUUCCAUCUCACAUCAGUAAAUAAUAAAAUAUACAUACUUGGUAUGUAUAAAGUAAGUAGGUAUUUUUUGUGAACUAGAAUAAAAAUUAUUUCUCUUA